GCGAAGAUGGCGGACUCGCAUUCGUCAGGUCUGGGAGAGGAGAAAGAGAAGGAGAAGGAGGACAGCGAGAAGGACAAGAAGGCUGCCACGGCGGAGAAGAACAAGGAGAAAGACAUACUAACGGAGGCGUUGAGGCUCAACAACAAAAAUGGCGGCAGCAAGGCCAAGAAACGCAACCUGUCAGACCUGUCUCUGGUUCGAUUUAUUACUACUGAGCUCACCAGAGGCUACUUCCUGGAGCACAACGAGGCCAAAUACACCGAGCGCAGAGAGAGGGUCUACACCUGCCUCCGCAUCCCCAAGGAGCUGGAGAAGUUGAUGACAUUCGGCUUCUUCCUCUGUCUGGAUGCCUUUCUGUAUGUGUUCACCCUGCUGCCCCUCAGGGUGAUUCUGGCCCUUUUACGCCUCCUCACGUUGCCUUGCUGUGGCCUCAGUGGCUCUCGCCUGCUCCAGCCAGCCCAGGUGUGUGACGUGCUGAAAGGCUUCAUUAUGGUGCUGUGUUACUCUAUGAUGAGCUACGUGGACUACUCCAUGAUGUACCACCUGAUCAGGGGACAGUCUGUCAUCAAAUUGUACAUCAUAUACAACAUGUUAGAGGUGGCAGACCGCCUCUUCUCAUCAUUUGGCCAGGACAUCCUGGACGCUCUGUACUGGACAGCCACAGAACCGAAGGAGAAGAAGAGAGCGCACAUCGGCGUGAUUCCUCACUUCCUCAUGGCUGUGCUCUACGUCUUUCUCCACGCCAUCCUCAUCAUGGUUCAGGCCACCACUCUGAACGUAGCCUUCAACUCCCACAACAAGUCCCUGCUCACCAUCAUGAUGUCGAACAACUUUGUGGAGAUCAAAGGCAGCGUGUUCAAAAAGUUUGAAAAGAACAACCUUUUCCAGAUGUCAAACAGCGAUAUAAAAGAGAGGUUCACCAACUACAUCCUCCUGCUCAUCGUCUGUCUCAGAAACAUGGAGCAGUUCUCAUGGAACCCUGACCACUUGUGGGUGCUGUUUCCGGAUGUAGUCAUGGUGAUAGCCUCAGAGGUCGCCGUGGACGUUGUCAAGCACGCCUUCAUCACCAAAUUCAAUGACAUCAGUGCUGAUGUAUACGGGGAAUACAGAGCCAGCCUUGCAUUUGACCUUGUCAGCAGUCGACAGAAAAAUGCUUACACAGACUACAGUGACUCAGUAUCCAGAAGAAUGGGCUUCAUCCCUCUUCCUUUAGCUCUGCUGUUGAUCAGAGUAGUGACCAGCUCAGUGAAGAUCCAGGGUUCGCUCUCCUUCAUGUGUGUUCUGCUGUUUUAUCUGGGGAUGAUCACUCUGAAGGUGCUCAACAGCAUAGUUCUGCUGGGGACGUCUUGUGUGUUCGUCAAAGAGGCCAACAUGGAAGAGAAGCUCUUCGACCCUCCACCCUCCGCCGUCUCCAGCCGCGUAAACUCCAGAGCUCACCGCACCAAACACGUUUACACCACACCACAGCAAGAACCCACAACAGACAAAGGAGGAAUAUCACUGGCAUCAGACAAUCCUCAGGCCACAAACAUGGCAGAGCGCUCUGCCCCCACACUCCCCAAGAGCGACUCGGACACAUUCCUGACCACGCCAGACGAGGACGACGACAAAAUCAUCAACGUCGACACGGGACUGGAAGGGGACGGACUUGAACACAGAGCGCCCAAGAAAGAUUUGCUGGAAAUAGACCGCUUCACCAUCUGUGGCAACCGAAUAGACUGAAUGCCAUAUAAAACUACCAGUGUCCUGGCAAAACAGCAAGGUUCAGGGAUCAGACACGGGUCAUGGAGCAUGCUCAGACCGGACAUGUUUUAUGCACCUGACCCCUGGAGUAUUUAUUUAUUUAUUACUGACAAAACCAGCCAAGGCAUAAAGCUGUUACUAUAAGCAUCAGAGGACGCUUCAGAUGUUUCCAUCUGGUCCAGUCGGUGCCCUGUGAACCAGGUAGACUCUUGAGGAUGGGUCUUGGUUGUCAAAGCAACCUGCAGACACGCUCGCUGAUAACUACGAUGGGGGGGGAAAAGGCUGAAAUGUGCAGCUGGAGCACGAAGAGAGGAACAAAAUCUACAUAUGUGACAUUGUACAACGCGGGUUGCCGAUUGAUCACAGGUUUAUCACAGUUGGACUGUGCGAGUAUGUGUUCAAAAGCACAAUCACAUGUACAGCGCAGAGGUGUUUUUAGAAAGAACAGAACUCGUCGAUUUUUUGUACAUUUUUUUAAUUUCAAAAGCUGGAAAAUUCUAAUAUUUGAAAUGAAGUUUUUAUGAAGAAGCUCGGAUCUUUUUUCUAAAAUCGGCUGUGUUCAACUGCAGGACUAAAACUCACAAUCACAUUAACACAUUGUAGAAAUCUCAAAGACCCCAUUUACACCUGGUAUUAAACUGGGAUCUGUAUUCGGACACUAUAUCUGGAUAACAAAUGAUCUGAUCUUGCCUUUGCAUUUAUACCUGGUAUUUUCAAUGGGUUCUCGUUAUCCUCAUUAAGAUCAGAUCUCUGUCCUCCAAAACCUUAAAAAACUCCCCUAAAAAAACAGUUUUGUGGUUUGUUGAGUUAGAAGAAACUUAAUAAACUUCUUGAAACGCCGUCUACAACUAAUUCUGAAUUAUUUCUCUCCUCUUGAAUUCAGCAAAUGUAAUACAUUAUUCCUUUCUUUGUAUAUAAAAUAACUUCUCUUAUGCUCACAGUGUAAAUUGGAGCAGUCUGUAUUUUAUGUCAGCUAAAAACAAAUAUCAGCAUCAACAUUAUGUCGCGAACGGAUGCCGAGCCAGACUACUUCCAGAUGCGGUCAGGCAGAUCCGGUCACAAGGCAUGCACACCUCGCAUUAAUAUCUGUUUAUCGUAUAAUGUGUGUGGAAACAGAUGGCAUUUUAAUACCAGGUGUAAAUGGGGUCAGAGUCGCUCUACAACACACAUUUAAAAAUCUUGUUUAAAUUUAGUUACUGUGAUGAGCCCAGAUGUUCAUAGCUGUUAGACAUGGCAGCAGUGACACUAAGUACAGUGCUACAUGAGCCGACACCCUCAUGGCUCAGUCACAGCGGUAACUUUACCUUUUAGGCGCAGAUAAAAGUUUUAAGGUUUAAGUAUCGUGCAAUUUGUGUUGAUAUUGUUCAUUUGAAGCACUGAGAUAAGAUGCUGCCUGUUUGUAAAGGCACAAGUAUUUAUUUUGACGUGGGCUCCGAGCCAGACAAGUUUGGAAGAUAUUUCAUUUUUAGGUGAUUUUUCUUUUUCCAGUAUGCUUCAUGUGUACCGUCAUCAUUCAAGCAUGUAGCCUACAGAUGAUCAUGUCUUGGUGUUACACUACUCUGUUCUAGGUCUCAUUUGAAAUUCAUGGUGUGUGACACUGGCAUCGACUUAACGUGUUUUCUUAUUCUUUACCAUUAUUUUGGCAGUAGUGCGAAAAAAUAAUUGAGACUACAUGUAUGCAGGUAAAAUGUUCAUGGAUACCUUAAGGCUGAGGCACAGCUGUGAGGGCGAACCUCUAAAUGACAAGAAUCAGAAAGGAGGAUCAUAUCAGCACUGUGAUCAGCAGUGAAUCCAGCUAUUUUCAUUCUCCACAGAGGUUUGACCCCUAAAGGUUCCUGGCAUCGUUUGGUGUGAUUGUCUGCUGGCUUUGAUUAUUCCAAGAAGCUCUUUCCAAAUGCUUGUGUCUUGAGAUGCUGAGAAAGCUCUGUUUGACAAGCUAAGUGGAUCAUAUAACUGAGGUCUGAAGUGCCAGGAGUUGUACGUCCUGGCCUAAAGCUGGGUCCAGCCACGCCCCACGUUGUGCCUCUCAUGCCAGUACCCUGUUUCAUUACAUUGGAGCCAGAGCGUUUAACAUUUGUUUCUUUGAAUAAGAAAGACCUGAUGAUCAACACUUGUUGUUGUUCUGAAAAGAUUUCCAGAAUCAUCAAAGAAAGAUCUAUUUUCUUAAUCCCAGUAAAGUUGCAAGCCAUAAAAAGCAAAUCUCCUUGUGCAAUUUAUACUUUGUGAACAAUAUUUUUUAGUCUUAUUAGACAUUAUGCAGAAUCUAUUAUACAGUAUUUGCCUAUGUUAAUGUUUAUUGUAAGUAUUUAAACAAAAUAACAUGCUCAUAUUUUUCCUGUGUCAUGCAGAACAAGGAGAAUUUCCAGCUACAUGAUUUAGAGUUUAGAUUUAGAGAACAGUGACAGGUGUGUAGGAUCAAAAACUCACUUCACCGGGAAACUAAGAAUCCUGCACAGUGUCCAUCACUCGUACUCACUUCAUUAACAAUGUCUUGAACGUCUCUUUUCAAGUAAAGGACUGUCUGGGUUUUUCAAAGAUGGUCAGGUAUUUACUGUUCUGAAAAAAGAUGCUCAUCUUAGCUGUGACUCAAAUGUAAUGGAAAUAGAUGAGUGGCACAAACAGGGGUUAAGUCCAACUUACUAUAAGGGGGGCUGUCAGUACAGUAACAAACAACUGCAGUCUUGUGAAGGGAGGAUUAAGAGUGUGAAUGCAUCAUGACUGUGUGAGUGUGUGUGUGAGAGAGAGAGAGAUAAUUUGCAGUGCAUGGAUGGAUCUCAUUACCAAAAGACAUACUAUAUGUAUGAAUCAGAUAUUUCAUUGUUUUAAUUUUUCAUGUACGACCCUUCUAUGUAAGACAUCUCCUACAUGGUAGAAGGAGAAUAAAU